CCCGGUUACUGCUACAUUUUCCAACCACGUCCAGCGUUCCGGCAUUAUCGGCUUGUACUUUGCACGAGUAGGAAGUACGUCGAGUGGCUUAGCAGUCCGGGCGCCCAAAAUGCGGUCUUUUUGCGCGAUUUUCGCUAUCUUGGCGAUCUCCUUGGUCUCCGCAGACAUCUACUUCGAAGAGAAGUUCCUCGAUGACUCGUGGGAAAAAGAGUGGAUUUAUUCAGAGCAUCCUGGAAAGGAAUUUGGAAAGUUUGUUUUGAGUCAUGGAAAAUUUUGGAACGACCCCGAAAAUGAUAAAGGUAUCCAAACUUCACAAGAUGCCCGGUUCUAUGCUCUGAGCAGAAAAUUUACUCCAUUCAGCAAUAAGGAUAAACCUCUUGUUCUUCAGUUCACUGUCAAGCAUGAACAAAAUAUUGAUUGUGGAGGUGGUUACGCCAAGGUCUUUGAUUGUGGACUAGAGCAGAAGGACAUGCAUGGAGACAGUCCAUACCUUCUCAUGUUUGGACCUGACAUUUGUGGACCCGGUACGAAGAAAGUGCAUGUCAUUUUCAACUACAAGGGCAAGAAUCUCCUAAUCAACAAGGAUAUUCGUUGCAAGGACGACGUCUAUACUCAUUUAUACACAUUAAUUGUUAAGCCUGACAACACGUAUCAGGUACUUAUCGAUAACGAGGUGGUCGAAUCUGGAGAAUUGGAAGCAGAUUGGGACUUCCUGCCCCCAAAGAAGAUCAAGGACCCGUCUCAGAGCAAGCCUGAUGACUGGGACGACAAGCCUACCAUUCCUGAUCCUGAUGAUAAGAAGCCCGACGACUGGGACAAGCCAGAACACAUUCCAGACCCUGAAGCGACCAAACCCGAGGAUUGGGAUGAUGAAAUGGACGGCGAGUGGGAAGCUCCAAUGAUCGAUAACCCUGACUACAAGGGAGAGUGGAAGCCAAAGCAGAUUGAUAACCCCAACUACAAGGGACCCUGGGUUCACCCUGAGAUCGAUAACCCUGAAUACACACCAGAUCCUGAGCUUUAUAAACGUGAUGAGAUCUGCGCUAUCGGCUUUGACCUCUGGCAGGUUAAGUCCGGUACCAUUUUCGAUAAUGUCAUGAUCACGGAUGACAUCGAGGCUGCUCGCAAGUUCGGCGAGGAAGUCUGGAAACCCACCUAUGAGGGUGAGAAGAAGAUGAAGGAAGCUCAAGAUGAGGAGGAAAAGAAGCAGAGAGAGAAGGAGAGCAAGGAAAGCGGAGAUGAAAAAGAAGAGGACGAAGAUGAGGAUGAAGAUGAAGAGGACAACACUGUCCCAGAAGUAGAGGAACACGACGAAUUGUAAAUACGCGUGUCAUCUGGCACAAACACAGACUGUAUUCCAGGAGCUGCCUGGCCACGACAAGGCAGUUGUCUCAGCAUAGGCGACACCACAGCUUGAAGAUAACUUUAAAAAAGAGUCACGCUGAAUAUUGGUACUUAUGCUAGACGGGAUAUCAACGCAGGGAGUUAUCACGCAGCCUCUCAUUUACCCAAUCUCUUCCCUUGAUACUUGUACUAAACAUCGUUCAGGGUAAUCAGAACUAAAAAGAACUAGUAGUACAUUUAUAUAGAUCACUAGAGUAUACCCAUUAUAUAUCAUCAUUAUAUACAGGAUGGAAAAUGUAUAAGGGAAAAAGAAAUCUCAACGGCGACGUGAAAAAGAGACAAAACUACUUGAAAUAAUUUCCAGCCCUUUAUUACAGAAUUCAAUUAAUUCGAUAACGUACAAUAAGAUAAAUGAUUUCGUUUCCAUGACCGGCCAUUUUGUUGCCAUUAACCCUGCGAGCCUAAAUUUAUACUAUACCAUUCGCUAUGUACGUACUAAUUCAUCAAUUCUUGUUUAUUUGUCCUAUUGAUAUUUCCUGGUUUAAUCUAAAGAGUACCAGAUAGUGCGUAUUUACUUGCUAACUGUGUUGAGAGGAACGCUAGCGUAUGUGCCGUAUUACAAAUGUGAAAGAAAAAUAGGAAUAACUGAUGAAAUGAAAAAAAUUCACACAGUCUUGCUCCCAUUGCCGCAGCUCCAAAAGACUAUGUUGUUCCGUUUUUGUUUGUCAAGUGUGUUUUAUAUACAUAAAAGUAAUUCAGAAAAGAAUGUAAUUUAAAUAAUGCUAUAUAUUAUUUCGUUCUCCGUACAGUGUACGCGUAACUCGCUCUGCGACUACUAGCGUUUAAGUAUAAAAGUGAUGGGUGUGUGCAAAAAUGACUGAGUGAUAAUAAUUGAUAAUUAUAUCAAACAACCAAUAACCAUGUAAUAAAUACAUAAGACUUUUCUAGAUGUG